AUGGUCCUCGACACGCGCGUGACGCGCCUUCUCGGGAUCGAGCACCCGAUCAUCCAGGGCGGGAUGCACUACGUCGGGUACGCGGUCCUCGCCGCCGCGGUGUCGAACGCGGGCGGUUUAGGCACGGUCACGGCGCUCACGCAGAAAUCUCCGGAGGAUCUGCGCGCUGAGAUCCGACGCGUCCGCGCGCUCACGUCGAAGCCGUUCGCGGUGAACCUGACGCUCCUGCCGUCGCUCGCGCCGCCGGACUACGGCGCGUACGCGCGCGUGAUCGUGGAGGAGAAGGUGCCGGUCGUGGAGACCGCGGGGCGGAACCCGGCGGAGUGGAUCACGUUCUUCAAAAAACACGGAAUACUCGUGAUACACAAGUGCGUCGCGAUCAAACACGCGCUGACCGCCGAGAGGCUCGGCGCGGACUGCAUAAGCAUGGACGGGUUCGAGUGCGCGGGGCACCCCGGCGAGGACGACGUCGGGAACUAUGUGCUGCUCGCCAAGGCGGCGAAGAAGUUGACGAUCCCGUUCGUCGCGAGCGGCGGCGUCGGCACCGGGAGCCAGCUCGCGGCGGCGCUCGCGCUCGGCGCGGAGGGCGUGAACUGCGGCACGCGGUUCAUGGCGACGACCGAGGCGCCCAUCCACGACGGAAUCAAGCGCGCGCUCGUGAAGGGCGACGAGCGGAGCACGACGCUCGUGAUGCAGAGCGUCGGGAACACGGAGCGCGUGUUUAAGAACAGGGUGACGACGGAGGUGCGGGAGAUCGAGAAGAGAAACCCGGGGAAGAUCGAGGCGAUUCGUGAGCGGGGAGAAUUACCGGAAGAGUUUUCAGGAGAGCGGCGACCCCGACAGCAGCGUGUGGAGCGCGGGGAUCGUCAUGGGGCUGAUCGACGACGUCCCUUCGUGCGACGCGUUAGUGAAGAGGAUGGUCGCAGAGGCGGAGGAAAUCAUCACGGGGCGGCUCGCCGGUUUGGUGCGAGGGCGGUCGAGGCUGUGACGCGCGCGAGUUGAAGUCGAAGUCGGCGGCGUCCAUUUCGUUAAUAAACCUUCGUCGGUUGAGCA